CAUAAAUAUAAAUAUAUAUUUUCAUUGUAUGUCACAGUAUUGAAAAGAAGGUCGCAAAAUUUCUGGUUUCCUAAUAUGAUACACAUUUAAUGAGUCUUUGUUUGGUCACGAUAUUCUCGUAUUAUUGGCGUUGCUGGUGAACUGUACUUGUGGUACCCCUUUUAAUGGCGACAUCUUCCAGAAGGAAAAACGACCAAGGCGGAGUAAUUGGCGGUAGCUCAUCGCAGGACCUCGUCACUGACCAGAACUCGGGUCGUCGCCAGGAGCAGAAGGUUUACACCUUCAAUGACCGGCCACCACAAGCGAAACCAGCGGCACCACCGGGUGCCAUUGCGGCAAAACCCGACGACAAGUCGAAGCCACAGAAAACCAUUCUUGAGGAGCACGGCAUUAUCCUCGGCAAGGUUAUUGGCACUGGGAACUAUGCCAAGGUCAAGAUCGGCUUCUCGGAGGAGUACGGCAAGCGGGUGGCCGUCAAGAUCAUAUCCAAGGUGAAGGCUCCCUCCGAGUACACGCAGAAGUUCCUGCCGCGAGAGAUCGAGGCGGUGAAGGGUCUGCACCACGAAAAUUUGAUAACCUUCUAUCAGAGCAUCGAGACCAGUCACAGGGUGUACCUGAUCAUGCAGCUGGCCGAGAAUGGGACGCUUCUGGACUACGUCCGUGAGCGGAAGUUCCUGGACGAGCCGCAGUCUCGCACGCUCUUCAAGCAGCUGGUGAGUGCCGUGGAGUACAUCCACAGCAAGGGAGUGGUGCACCGGGACAUCAAGUGCGAGAAUCUGCUGCUGGACGAGAACUGGAAUCUGAAGCUGAUCGACUUCGGAUUCGCGCGUAAGGAUACCCGAACCUCUGACAACCAAGUGAUACUCUCGAAAACCUUCUGCGGCAGCUACGCCUACGCCAGUCCAGAGAUCCUCAAGGGCGUGGCCUACGAUCCGUUCAUGUCGGACAUCUGGGCCUGCGGCGUCGUCUGCUAUGCGAUGGUCUUCGGGCGCCUUCCCUACGAUGGCUCCAAUGUGCACAUCCUGCUCAAGCGCAUCAACCAAUCGCUGGUCUUCCCGAAAUCCCCGUCAGCUUCCAGCGAGUGCAAGCACAUGAUCAUGCACAUCCUAGCUCCCGUGAAGAUCAGGUACAACAUUCCGCAGGUCAAGGAGGAUCCUUGGUAUUCGCCUACUAAAUAGUUGGUACUCGUUUUUGGUGCAGUGCAACAAAGGUGACAAAAUUUCAAAGUUAAGCACUAGUAAACAUUAUAUUUCGUUAAUUUUCGAUUGAGGUUAAUAAAUCAAUUUUAUUA